AAGGAUCCCUUGAAUUGCGCUUGUAAUCUUUUCAUGUUCUUCUCUUUCAAAUGUCUCACUCUUCUUAGCUUCUCCUCCUACGUUUAUAUUUAUACAUGGGUUUUGCUUUGUUCUUCAUUUUGGGAGGAAAAUUGGUUUCUUAAUGAGAUUCAGGAGGAGAAGACAAUGCUUUCCAUCUUGCUCUUCCCUCUAUGAAGUAAUCCACCCAUCAAUUUCUCUGUGUUCACCUCCCUUUAUCAUUUGUUCGUAGAUUGAAACUAAAAUUCAAUGUAUUGAUCAUUCCCAAUUUGCUGGACAUGUCGGAGGAACUACUGUUUGAAGAUCCGAUGAUUGUGUUCUUGUUUUUUGACAGUCUUAGGCACUGAUGUUUUUAUGACAGUUAAUUGUGGAAAAUUAUUGUAGGUUGAUGAAGAUGAAAUAUAUUGGAGACAGAGAAGGGGUGACGAAGAGUUAGAAUGGUCACAUCGUUCCACCCCUGUAAUUUUACAGCUAGCACAAUGUUUUAUGUCACCCUGUUGUUUACAAAUUAGCUUGUGGUAAAUGUAGCUAAUGCUAUGGUUGGACCACGAACAUGGAUUGGAGGACUUUUCAAUCGCGCAGGCAACAGAAAGAAUGAUAAGUUUGUUCAGUACCCGUUGAGUCCUCUUCAGGAGGAAAGGUUUCAAAGGCUACAAGACCGAAUUCCCAUACCUUUUGAUGAGACACAACUUGAACAUCAAGAAGCCCUGAAAGCAUUGUGGGAUGCUGCCUUUCCAAAUAUUGAGCUCAAAGGGAUGGUAUCUGAGCAAUGGAAAGAAAUGGGUUGGCAAGGACCUAAUCCAUCCACUGACUUUAGGGGUUGCGGUCUCAUUUCGCUCGAAAAUUUGCUGUUUUUCUCCAGGACGUUUCCGGCAUCUUUUCGUAGGUUGUUAUUGAAGGAAGGUGGUAAUCGAGCAACUUGGGAAUAUCCGUUUGCUGUUGCUGGCAUAAACAUUUCAUUUAUGUUGAUACAAAUGUUGGAUUUAAACUCAGAAAGACCAAGGUGCCUUCCCGGACUCAAUUUUGUGAGACUAUUAGGAGAAAACGAAGAAGCAUUCGACAUACUAUAUUGUGUAGCGUUCAAAAUGAUGGAUGCUCAGUGGGUUGCCAUGCAUGCUUCGUACAUGGAGUUCAAUGAGGUGCUGCAAGAAACCAGAGCGCAGCUGGAAAGAGAGCUAUCUCUGGAUGAUGUUCACAGAAUAGAAGAUCUACCAUCUUAUAAUCUCUUAUAUCUCUCUAACUUAUCUUUUACUUCUCUCUCUACUAACGUUUCGUAGGAAUUGUUAUUAUUCUUUUUUGAAUCCAUAAAUACAAGCGUUAGGGUACGAUGUUCUAAAUGUUCCAACUAGACAUAUGAUAUA